AUGAAGUCCUUUGGUAAAUCUUUAGUUACAGCUAUUCAAAAAAUCGAUUCCAUUUGCUCCCAAGGUAAUUUACGAAAUCCCACCAAAAAAAUUCAUGUUGUAUCGAGAAAUACUUCUUUUUCUAAUGCUGUUCAAUUGAGGAAAAAACGAUAUUUACAGAAAACAAAAAAUCUGCGUACCAUUCACAAGGUACUUUCAGAAAAUUUGGAAAAUUAUCAAAGAAACUCUUCAUGGGAGAAUCUCCGAACGUAUCUAACUGUAUCAAAGGAGAUUGAUAAUCUAGAUUCUGUAGAUUACUUAGAUAAACCUCAAGUAUCAAAUUCGUGUAUAAAUACUGAAACAGGAAAACUUAACAAGAAAGAAUUUAAUGUAGAAAAAUAUACUAAAAGUCCAUAUUCUACAAUAUCUUUGGCAAAAGUUAUGUCUAGCAACGAGACACGAAAAGAACCGAAUUCUAGUCAAAUUGCAUAUACAGUUUUAAGUAAAGUAAAAAUUGUAGAUUCUCAUAACAUAUCAGGAGAUAUUAAGAAACGAGUGAAAUAUAGAGGACAAAAUAUGAAUGAAAAUAGUAUACACUUAAAUAAUAGCAAAACAGAAUUUAAAAAUAGUUCAAAGUCUAGCAUUCGCUCAACAAAAAGUGGACUAAAACCAGUAAAAGACGUAGCAUCUACAAAUCUUGGAAUAAAUAGAACUUCAAGAACAUCUAUUAGACCAGACCUUGAAUCAAAAAAUGAAGAAUUGGAAUCAGAAAAAGGUACAAGAGAAAAGUUGGAUUGUGACAAAAUCUCAAACUUUAAAGUAAAUAAAAUAGAAUCAAAAUAUAAUAAUGCUAUCUAUCCAAAAGAUGAUUAUAAAAGAAAUAUUAAAUCAACUGUUGACCUAGAGAAAAAUACAAAAUCGUAUACAUCAAUUAGUCCUGAAUAUCUUGCAAAAAAAGGAUUGGAACCAGGAAAAUAUACCAGAGAAAAUUUAAAAUAUACAAACUUUGGAAUUAGUGAAAAAACAACAAACAAAGAUAAAUAUUUUGCUCGAUCGAAAGAUGAUAAUAAGAACAUUCAUAAAUCAUCUACAAAUGUAGAAAUGGAUAGAAAUUUAAAGAUGAAUAGAAUUACACGUAUACCCGUUAAGCUUGAAUUUCACUCAAAAAAAGAAGAAUUCGAAACAGAAAAAGACAAUUUAAAAUAUACCGGACUCUCAAACUUUAAAAUGAAUAAAAUGGAAACAAACAAAUAUAACAAUUCAGCUGAAUCAAAAGAUGAUAAUAAAAUCCUGAAAUUAACUGGAAAUCUAGAGAUGAAUAGAAUUUCAAGUAUAUCCUCUAGGCCAGAACUUCGUUUAAAAAAAGAAGAUUUGGAGCCAGAAAAAGAUGGUAAACUCUCAAACUUUCGAAUUUAUAAAAUGAAAGCAAACAAAUAUAAUAAUUCUGUAAAAUUAGAAGAUUAUAAAUCAUCUACAGAUCUUGAUACAACUAGAAAUUCAAAUAUAAAUAGAAAUUCAAGUCCAUCAAUUAGGAAGGAACUGCCCUUAAUAAAAGAAGAAUUGGAGUCAGAAAAAGAUAUAGGAGAAAAUUAUAAAUAUGGGAAAACGUCCAAUAUAAAAAAAAGAUCAAACAAAUGCCAUACAAAAGAUGAUAUUAAAAAUUUUUUCAAGUCGUGUACAAAUCUAGAGACAUACAUUAAGCCAAAACUUUACUCAACCAAAAAAAAGUUAGUAGAAGACAAUAGUGAAGAGUUGAGGCAAGCCAAAGUCUCAAACUUUGAUAAAAAUAAAACGGAAUCGAACAAUAAUAACGAUUUUACUUUAAAAAAUAUUCAUAAACCAUCUACAAAUGUAAAAAUAGCUAAUUCUACGAAUUAUAUUAAUCAAAAUACUGAAAGGCAGUUGAAAGAUGAACAAAAAAUUGCACCACAAAGUGAGAAAAUAUAUUCCAAAUCAAAUUUUAACAAAACCGCUUGUAGAUUAGCAUACGAAAUGGCAAUUGCUGAAGUUAAUAACAAUAUAGAACAAGAUUUAUCCUCAAAUAACCUAACGUGGGCAAAACAGAAAAUAAUUGCAAAGAUGCAAAAUUUGAAUAAAGAAUCCCAUUAUAAAAAUGUAGCACGAAAGUGGAACAACCCGCAGAUUUUACAACAAAACCUUCCACUAAAUCCUAAACUACAAUCCACACCUAAGUUGAUCAACAUUAAAAAAAAUAAAUCAGUAAAAGAAUCAUCAAAUUUGCAAAGCCCAGUUGUAAUAAACAAUUUUUUAACUUUAUACAAUAAAGUUAAACAUUCAAAAUCCAAUAUGAAAUAUCAGGUUGUCUUGAGUUGCGCACAACCUACAGUAAAAAUUAAUGAACAAUUAAUAUCGGAUAAUAAAGAAGCUGCUCAAUCAAAACGAACGACAAUAUUAGAACUUAUGCUAAAACAUAAAAAAGAAAAGGAUUGCUUCACCCCUGGUUAUAGUUUAAAAUAUAAAUUGUCCUCCAAAUUUCACAAUAAUCAAACAAAUGGUCAAUUCUUCAAAAGAGAUUCAACUGAAAGGUUAAAGGAGAAUCCAAUGAUUGGUUCGAAAACCAGAACUAAAGGCUUAAAUUUCUAUCGACCAAUAAAAUCAUCAUCAGUUUUGGAACAUAUUUUAUCAAAAAAAGAUCCAAGGGUAUAUAGCAGUGCCAGUGAUUGUUAA